AUGACGAUUACGAUGACGGGGAUUUCUUAUCCCUUGGAUCCACGGAUGCCACAUUCGAUUCGCAAGUACGAGAUCUGCAAGAGAUUGAUUCAAAGGCCGCCGCUCGUGUGCGCGCAUGGGGGCGAUUCUUCCUCCGCCCCUCCCAACUCACUGGCAGCGCUCGAGAGGGCGGUGGCUGCGGGGGCAGAUGCGGUUGAGGUGGACGCGUCACUGACGGCUGAUGGACAUUUGGUGGCGCUGCAUGACAGUGAUGUGCAGUCUCUCCUCAACGACCCAUCAGCAAGGGUUCCCUCCCUUGUGUACUCCAAAAUACGCCAGCUCGACUUAUCGCCUCUGUGGCCCGCGACAUCUCCUCGCGACCCUGAUAUGCAGCAAGUGCCUGUUCUCACGCUGCAGCAGGCGCUACAGGCUCUCAUUGGCCGAGUGAAGCACAUCGCCGUGGACGUCAAGAUUGCCACGUCAGCAAUCGCCGAGAACAGGCACAUGGCACAGCGGCUUGUGAACGUGUUUGAAAGAGUUGGUGGGUGUUCUGAGUGCCUUGUGUGGUCCAAGGAGGAUCAGUUCAUUCGCCACUUGUCGCGCAUCCAGCCGUCCAUCAAGACUGGGUACAUAGUGUGGCGGAACUUCAAGACUGGAGUGGUGAAUGGGUUGCUGCGUCGUGAGUCGUCACAUGUGGUGGGACUGGCGGAGAGCCUUGCUACACCACAAACCGUCAACGAUGCCCAUAAGGGAGGAAAGGAGGUGCAUGUAUGGACAGUGGAUGACAGGGCAGGAAUGAGGAGAGUUCUAGGGUUGCCUGUUGACGUCGUUGUUACCAACAACCCAGUGCUGCUUCGGAAGACAAUGAGCCGACUCCAGAAGCAGUGUAAGCAUGCUGGUCUGGGUUGA